CCAUGGCAGCAUCUCAUUGCUUUUCUUUUCCAUUUAUCCCCCUCCACAAUCCUCAAAUUCACACCACCAUACCCUUAACACUGAAACCCCAAACCAUUUCAUCCUCCGCUCGCUCUUCUUCUUCACCAGCCAAAGACAUUUGGAGAAGACCUGGAACGACCCGGUUUCCCCGACCCAAAUCGCCUCCAAACUCGACCUUUUUGGACCACAGCGUCGACAUGGACGAGCUUUUGGCUUCGAUAUCCAAAACCCAAAACGAAAAUGACCUUUUUAUCCUUCUAUCCCCAUACAAAACCCGGCAACUCUCUAUCCGUUUCAUGGUUUCACUCCUUUCCCGCGAAAAGGACUGGCAAAGAUCGUUGGCUUUACUCGAUUGGAUCAACGAAGAAGCUCGUUACUCGCCUUCGCUCUUCGCCUACAACGUUGUUAUUCGAAACGUGGUGAAAGCUAAAGAAUGGGCAGUCGCCCAUGGCCUGUUCGAAGAAAUGCGUGAGAAAGGGUUAACACCCGACAGGUUUACAUACUCGACGCUGAUAACGUAUUUCGGGAAAGAGGGUAUGUUUGAUUUGGCUUUGUCUUGGCUUCAAAAGAUGGAAAAUGAUGGUGUUUCGGGUGAUCUUGUUUUGUUUAGUAAUUUGAUUGAAUUAUCAAGGAAGUUGCGUGAUUAUUCCAAAGCCAUUUCGAUUUUUAAUAAAUUGAAGAGGUCAGGGAUCGUGCCCGAUCUAGUUUGUUAUAACUCGAUGAUUAAUGUCUUUGGAAAGGCUAAAUUGUUCAGAGAAGCACGGUUGCUAGUGAAGGAAAUGAGGGAUGUUGGCGUUAUGCCUGAUACGGUUAGCUAUUCAACUAUUUUGACUAUGUUUGUGGAGAACUCUAAAUUUGUUGAGGCAUUAUCAGUGUUUGCUGAGAUGAAUGAAGUGAAAUGUCCCCUUGAUCUUACUACUUGUAAUAUCAUGAUUGAUGUUUAUGGUCAGCUUGAUAUGGCGAGGGAGGCAGAUAGGUUGUUUUGGAGUAUGAGGAAGAUGGGGAUUGAGCCUAAUGUUGUUAGUUACAAUAUUUUGAAAGUUUACGGUGAGGCCGAGCUUUUCGGAGAAGCGAUCCAUCUUUUCAGGUUGAUGCAGAGGAAGGAUAUCGUGCAGAAUGUUGUUACUUAUAAUACGAUGAUUAAGAUUUAUGGCAAGUCGUUGGAGCAUGAAAAGGCUAAUAAUCUCAUGCAAGAGAUGCAAAAUAGAGGGAUCGAACCGAAUGCCAUUACAUUUUCAACUAUAAUAUCGAUAUGGGGUAAGGCAGGGAAGUUGGAUAGGGCCGCUAUGUUGUUUCAGAAGUUGAGGAGCUCCGGAGUUGAGAUAGAUCAGGUGCUUUAUCAAACGAUGAUCGUCGCCUAUGAAAGGGCUGGAUUGGUUGCUCAUGCAAAGCGUUUGCUUCAUGAGCUUAAGCAACCAGAUAAUCUCCCUAGGGAUACUGCGAUCACCAUUCUUGCUCGUGCUGGUCGAAUUGAAGAAGCUACAUGGGUUUUCAGGCAGGCAUGUGAUGCUGGUGAGGUAAAGGAUAUAUCCGUGUUCGGAUUGAUGAUUGAUCUUUACUCUAGGAACAAAAAGCACACAAAUGUCAUCGAGGUGUUUGAGAAAAUGAGGAGUGCGGGGUAUUUUCCGGAUUCUAAUGUGAUUGCGCUGGUGCUAAACGCAUACGGGAAGCUACGAGAGUUUGACAAGGCAGAUGCUGUGUAUAGGGAGAUGCAGGAAGAAGGAUGUGUUUUUCCUGAUGAAGUUCACUUCCAAAUGCUUAGUCUUUACGGUGCGAGAAAAGACUUUAAGAUGAUCGAAUCGCUGUUUGAAAAGCUUGAUUCUGAUCCCAACAUCAAUAAGAAAGAGCUGCAUCUUGUUGUUGCCAGCAUUUAUGAAAGAGCAAACAGAUUAAAUGAUGCAUCAGAAAUCAUGAACAGAAUGAGUGAAAGAGGUAUUCUCAAGUCAUGAAACCCUCGAUUCUUGUUUUGUAAAUCACAUUACCUUGAGCUCAUCAAAAAUUGUAGUCUACGAGUUUUAAAGUUCAAUCUAAGUUACAGAGGACCGAAAUUUCACCGA